GAUACUUUUCCGUAUCACCAGUUACACGGUGAAAUUAUAUUAUGAUGGUGUAAAAAGGUAGAUUAUUUCACAAGGAAAAAAUACAGAAAACACUGCUGCUGUGAAAUAUGUACUUAUAUGUUAAUUUGAUUGUUCUUGGUGUUGGAUUCUUUAUAGUUGGUGUAGCUACCUCGGAUUGCUCCGGUUCUGCAACAGAUGUAUGCAAUGGAAUAAUCCCUGAAAUUCCGAAUGUAUCAACAAGAGAUCCAACAUUUGUGAUGACAAACGAAACGUCACAUUGGAAAUUUUGUGACGUGUAUUCAAUCAACACCUCUCAAUGGUACAGAAGUGAAACACGAAUGAGCACAAGCUGUCCAAGCAUGUACAUGUGUGGAACAAAGUUUCCUAUCUGGAUGAACGGUAAGAACCCGGAACCGGAAGAAGGUGUGGUGAGUCGUACAUCCUGCCUUAAAGACUUUGAUAGUUGUUGUCUGAAUACCUACAAGCUAACAGCUGUCAACUGUGGAGAGUUUAUGGCAUACUGUUUUAUUGAUCUACCAUCCAGUUGUCAUCAAAGAUAUUGUUUUGAUAAAAGACAAGAUUCUACAACUGGGUAUCAACAGCCAACCACACAUGCUAGAAGCACCGCAAGUCCACCAGACAGGACUACAGAAAUGAUAUAUCCUAGCACUACAAUAGAACACGAAAGUUACAAACAGAGCUCUGCUGGUGUCAAGUACACGUCGACCAAAGGAGAUUCAUCUUCCCUGACAACCACCACAGUUACAAUGCAAAGGUCCUCGGGACUUUCUACUGAGGCCGAUGACACGACAACCAAGGGCGAUACAUCAAGCAAAACGACAGAACACGAAUCAUCUGAUGCCGAUAACGAACUGCUUACUAUUGCAAUAUCAGUGAUUGGUCUUAUGACAGCAGUUAUAUGUGGUUUGAUAAUUUUCAUCAUUUGGCGAAGACGAAUGCAAAAAGUUACUGAGGAUACAGACACCACAAAGGUGUAUGAGACCUUAAAAUGUCCAGACGACAAGACUACUACAACUAAUGAAUGUGACAAUGUAUACCGAAUCGUUAGUUUCGACAGUAUGGAAGCCUCAGUCCAACUUGAAGGAAAGUUAGGAGACAGUAACAGUAGCUGCAAGAACUACUACACUAAUGCUGAUUACCAAUUGACCAACACUGAAAAAGAACUUAAGGACGACGAAGAACGCUAUGUAACACUCCCAUAAUAUUAAAAAUUGUAAUUUCAGCUACUUCGUAAUUUUUUGUUUUUCUUAUUAAUAAACUUUAAGUCAGUAUAUGCGAUCAUGUUACCUUCGACAAGGGGUUUAUUUUAAUUAAUUAAUAGUACGUCAACAUACUUCAUGCAUAUAUAAUCGUACAAAUUGUUUUUUGAUUGUUUUUUUUUUCUAUAAAGACAAACAAUUUUGGGGAUGUAUUUGUCUUUUGUACUUGGUAUUUCAUCACUUGCAUAGUUUUAGAAUACAAAAUUUUAAUAUUUGCAUUGGAACGAAAAGAAAAUCUUGUUUAGACGAAGUUAAUCUGAUGUGAGCUAAAGAAUCAGAAAAUUUGAUUUUAAAUAUAAUUUGUUUGCAAAAGGUUAAUAUAAUAAAAUAUCAAUAAAUUGAGAUGCAGUAUAUGCGAUCAUGUUACCUUCGACAAGGGGUUUAUUUUAAUUAUUUAAUAGUACGUCAAUAUCCUUCAUGCAUAUAUAAUCGUACAAAAUUGUUUUUUUUUUUUUUUUUUGCUUUUUUUCUAUAAAGAAAAACAUUUUUGGGGAUGUAUUUGUCUUUUCUACUUGGUAUUUCAUCAGUUACAUAGUUUUAGAAUACAAGAUUUAAAUAUUUGCAUUGGAAUGUUAACAUAUAGCUUUAUAUUGCCAAUAGAACAUUAUUCUAACAAUUGAGAAGUCACACACCCGUAUUCCACCAUGUAUUCUCAUUUUGUUGCACUUUUUAUAUAUCUAGACUGUAUUAUAUCUAAACUUUCA